AUGACCAUGAGUUCCUACUUGAUAAACUCCAACUAUAUCGAGCCGUCCUUUCCUCCAUGCGACGAAUACCAGCAGAGCGGAUACAUCCCCAAUCCCGGUGAUUACUACGAGCGGCCAAAGGAUACGGGCUUCCCCCAUCACGACGAGCCAUCCUAUCCGAGGUCAAACUACACGGAAUCGGGAUACGACUACGCGAACGUCCCCGCCACCGGACUCGAUGAUUUCGGCGACGGGCACCACGCACCGCCGCAGCCGGUUCCACAGAGCCACGGUCCUCGCCUCGCCGCGGCCCCAGACGGUGGCGCAGGAGCAAAUGCCAGCAAAGACUGCAGCCUUGCCACUGAGGUAUAUCCCGGCGUAGCGAAGGGCAAGGAGCCGGUGGUCUAUCCCUGGAUGAAAAAGGUCCACGUUAACAACGUCAAUCCCAAUUACACUGGAGGAGUGCCCAAGAGGUCCCGCACUGCCUACACCCGCCAGCAGGCUCUGGAGCUGGAGAAGGAGUUCCAUUUCAACCGGUACCUGACCCGGCGCAGGCGGGUGGAGAUUGCGCACACUAUGUGUCUGUCUGAGCGCCAGGUCAAGAUCUGGUUUCAGAACCGGAGGAUGAAGUGGAAGAAGGAGCACAAGCUCCCCAACACCAAGAUCCGCUCCUCCACCUCGGCCUCAGCCUCGGGGCCCCAGCAACAGCAGCAGCAGCAGAUCAAAACAGGCCAGCAGCUUGUCCCCACGCCGUGCACCGCAGGUCUAUAGUGCAUGAACGCACCCCACCCCACAAAAACCCAAUCCAGACUGAGAUGGCAAAUAACACAAGUGGGAUUUGUUGGACCAAUUCUCAGUAUUUUACACACAUGGUGUUCUCUCUUUCACCGUGCCUCUGCCAUUGGGCCCCUGUCACGUCCUUUGUACCCUUUCCCUCUCCGCUCGUCCUCGCCCUCUUCAUAUAAGCUUGAAAUUCACCUUUAAAUGCCACGGUGGCAACUGAAGUGUUUAUAUAUUUGUGUAUUAUUAUGAAAGAAGGAUUACGCACACUCAGACAUAGGACUUGGAUCAAAAAUGUACCGUUACAGUUAAAAUUGAGUGAGGUAAAAGUACGUUCGAGCUCAUUUUUAUAUGUUCCUUUUUUGAAUAUUGUUUUUUUUUCAGUUUUGUAUUAUUGCUCAUGGAAAGUUCUAAUAUACUUGAAAGAUAUUUAGCGAGAAUCUAUAGAUGCCUGUUUAGAAAACCAGGCGGCUGUUUUAGAGGUAUGGCAUCAGCCAGAGUAACAGUGUAGUUUGUGUGUCUGAGUGGAUUGGUUUACUGUUGAAUGUAGUCCAGGUGACUUUCACAUUUAAUGUACAUAGACAAAUCAUAAUGAAGGCACAAUAAGAAAAGCAUUUCGUCGACUAGAAUUCCGUUCGUUGGUGUCGUGAGGUGUAGUUUUAUUUGUGCUAGUGCGUCCCAUGUUGUGUUGUUGUUCUAAACUGUGAAUAUUUGUAUGUGUUGUCUCAGUAAUGACCGUUGUGAUGUAGA